AUGAAAAGAAGGAGUAUUGAAGUAUCAAGUUAACCAGGAUCUCCUAAACGUAAAUUAUCUUAAAUGAGUAUACAUGGUAUAUUAUCUAUAUAAUUUUAAGAUUUUCCAAAUUUGGAACUAUUAUGUUAAAAUUAUGAAGAUGAAUAAUUGGGUUAAAUGUUAACAGAAAGUAUUAUAGUGAGUAAAUUUAUUUGUGGAUAAAUAAUAUAAAAAGCAAAUAGAAUUAUUUAAGAGAAUAAUAUAAUGAAUUAAUUGAUACCAUUUGGAUGUAAUUGGACAGAAUAAUUUAUUAAUAUGAUUAUUAUAGAUUAAAUAGAAGAUAUUAAUUAGAUUGAUUUUAAUGAAGAUGAAAUUGAACCUUAACCAUGUCGAAUAGAACAUUGGAGAAGAAUGAUUGGUUAAGUUUUAAAUUCUAAAAGAAUAUUAAUUGAAAAUAGAUCUUUUAGAAGAGAAUCAAAAUUAUAAACUACAAUGAUUCCUAGAGUAGAAAUAGAGAGAUUUGAUACUUAACCAGUAAAAAUGGGAGAUUUAGAUGAUGAUCUUGAUUUCGAUACUGAGAUUGAAUCUAUGAGAUAAGCUAAAGCAAGAUAGAUAUUUAAUUAAUAAUAAAAACAGACAUAAGAUCUUAUUAAGAAAUAAGAAUACCAAGAAAUGAAUAGAUAACUUAAAAGAUUAAAUGUUGAUUCUAAAUGUAUUAAUCAACUUACUUAGCCAAAUACACUUACGAUUUUGAAGGAAGAGUCCUUGUUUAGAAACCACCUGAUGUUGAACGUUAUCCAAAAACUUAUAAAGAUAUCCAAGAAAAAAGAGUAUUACUUGAAGUUAAAGACCUCUUUCCUAAUCAUAAAAAAUAAUUAGAAUCCAUUAAUAAUUAUAAAAAGAAAACCAUUGAAUAAUGUAAUCCUUCUACUUUAUCUAAUCGUUUUAGCACAUCCUAAAUUGAUAUUAUUUAAUUACAAAAAGGAGUUGCUUUCAUUGAAGGUACAAAUGAAAAAAGAAAUGAUCGUUAACAUUCUUUAAUUGAAAUCAAAGAUCCUAGAGAUUUAUAAAAAACUCUAUCUUAAAUACAUUUAAAAAUGACUAAAGAAGAAUAUUCAAUCAUUACAAAUCAACCAGUAUAGUCUAAUCUUAAUAAUAAAAAAUUAAAUCUAACUGAAAAUUAAAUUAAAU